AUGGCUCCGCAGCGAGGAUCGAAGAAGCCUGUCACUACGCUCGUUUCCAUGCUGCCCAAGACCACCUACAAUGAAACAGACGAGGCAGAGGGUACCGUAAGAAGCCUGGCGUAUAUCAGAAUACAGCUCCAACUGCUGCAGUGGUUAGGCCUUCAUGCAUCCGAUACACUCACUGUCCGACAAGCUUACUACUGGACGGAAAAUAUAGCGGAAGACAAGCAUCCACAAGCCAAAGAUGCACUACGCCUAUGCUACUACAUGCGUUCUCAGGGCUUCGACACUUAUGCAAAAUUCCAGAAAAGCAAAAUGAGCCUAUAUAUAGCCAGUCAGCCUACUGAAGUUACAAGUCCGAAGUCCGAUCGGCUAUAUUGGUGCCAGGAUCAUUUGACCAACGAGGUCGUUCACGAACUAGGUACCGUACCUGUAUCCUCUGGAGCUCGGGGAGGAAGACGCAACGCUUUCUCAUUGGACUCCACUCAACACGCAAUCCAGAGGCUCCAAGCUACCGUGGAUGCAGUUAUCGCAGCAGGCACUGAUAUUGCUCGAGCGCAAUCCAGAAAUACCCUUGCUGCUGCCGCCGGCCAAGAUGAACAUGGAGAAGACACAGGGGAUAACGCCGGUACUGUGUCGGAAGGUAACGCAGGACGAGAGAACGAAAACGACCAACCGACCAUGGGCUCUCUUGCAGCACGCAUCGCUGUUGCAAGAGCAGAUUUGGAGACUUUGCUAUUCUCUGAUCCUCCUGACACAGGUGCCAUUGCCGCUGCUAUCGCACGUGUGGCAGAGCUAAACAGCCAGGAGAACUAG